UUUUUUAUUUUUUUUGUUUUGUUUUGUUUUAAACGUUAAAACAGUUAAUUAAAAAAAUAAAUAAUAAUAAAUAAAGAGUAUAAGCAGGUAGCCGGAAGUGAUACGCUCCAGUUCCGGUUUAGAUUGGUUUGGGGAAACUUAAGGGAAAAUAAUGGCUGGGAUCAGGUGUCGCCCGUGUCAGUGAGCCCUCGGUAUCCGCGAUGCAGGGGGAUUUGGAGAAUGGGGUUCUGGAGCGCAGCCUCCCCGCGAUUGUUUCCUUGUCCCACUCCCAGUCCCUCUCUCUCCCCUCCCAGUACUUCGGCCCGGGGGAGCGCAGGACCAUCUCCGACGUACGCCGCACUUUCUGUCUCUUCGUCACAUUUGACCUGCUCUUUGUCUCGCUGCUCUGGAUCAUCGAACUCAACGUCAGGAACAGCAUCUGGGACAGCCUGGAUGUGGAGGUUGUUCACUACAAUUUCAAGACGUCCUUCUUCGAUAUAUUUGCUCUCGCUCUCUUCCGGUUCCUCUUGUUGCAGCUGGGCUAUGCCGUUCUGAGGCUGCGGCACUGGUGGGUCAUUGCGAUCACCACACUGGUAACCAGUUCCUUCCUCAUUGCCAAAGUCAUCAUUUCCAAUCUGCUCUCCAAGAAUGCCUUAGGCUAUGUGCUGCCCAUCACCUCCUUCGUGAUCGCCUGGCUGGAGACCUGGUUCCUCGACUUCAAGGUGUUAACGCAAGAGGCUGAGGAUGAGCGCCUGUACCUGGCAGCUCUUCAAGCCGCAGCAGAGCGAGCACCCCUCAUCCUCUGCCCCAGCGUGCUGUCCGAGGGGCAGUUCUACUCGCCACCGGAGUCCCUGGCAGGAUCGGAGGAUGAGCUGGACGAGGAGGGGAAUGGGCGGAAAGCUGUGACAUCACAGGAGAGGGAGUUUGUGCGGCUGGGCAAGGAAGCGAUGGCUGUUGUCGAUCAGAUCCUGGCUCAGGAGGAAAACUGGAAGUUUGAGAAAAACAAUGUGCUGGGGGACACUGUGUACACGCUGGAGAUCCCAUACCACGGCAAGACCUUCAUCCUCAAGGCCUUCAUGCAGUGCCCUGCAGAGCUGGUGUAUCAGGAAGUGAUUCUACAGCCAGAGAAGAUGGUGCAGUGGAACAGAACCAUUGCGGCCUGCCAGGUCCUGCAGCGUGUCGAUGACAACACCCUGGUCUCCUAUGAUGUGUCCUCGGGAGCCGCAGGUGGUGUCGUCUCUCCCAGGGACUUUGUGAAUGUGCGUCGGGUGGAGAGGAGGCGGGACCGCUACAUCUCCUCAGGCAUCGCAACCAAUCACGAGGCAAAGCCUUUGCACAGCCGCUAUGUCAGGGGUGAGAACGGCCCAGGCGGGUUUGUGGUUCUGAAGUCCAGCAGCAACCCAACCGUAUGCACCUUCAUCUGGAUCCUCAACACUGACCUCAAGGGUCGUUUGCCACGGUACCUCAUUCACCAGAGCCUGGCUGCCACCAUGUUUGAGUUUGUAUCUCACCUGCGACAGCGGAUCAGUGAGGUCUGCCCAGCACUGCGCUAGACCGGCUGCUUCCCUGCCUGCCUGCCUGUCUGUCUGCUCCGUCACAUUCCACAGGACAGAGUGCCCAUACAGGCUGGUGGGACAUACGUCUACUAACUUUUUUCUCUAUCAUUAUAAUGGACUGGAUGGGGGCAACAAACCUCUUCAGUCCUGAGUCCUCCUUGGAUCAACUCCUUUUUUUUUUUUUUUUUUUUUUUUU